AUGUCCAUUACCACAAGCACCAACACCGCCACGACGAACCGGUUAGAGGUCUUAGCUGACUACAACCUUCACCAUUCUGAAGGUCAAUCGUUGUCUGAGCAAUCCACCGUGUCCCACCCUCCGUAUGCAGACGCGUUGCACCAGAAUAACCCGGACUGGUGGCCGACCGAUCACCGGCGAGUUCCAGACUACCGUCCUAUUAAUCGCAACUUGGACAGAAUCCAGCGGCCUGACGGUACAAAUAUGAUAGAAAUGGCUUUCAUAUUCACCAUGUUGAGAGGAGUACAGUUGAAUGCAAGCGUGUCGUACUUGUGGCGAUAUACGGGGGCAUACUUGAAUGGGGGACUUUUCAGAUACGACAUUGGUGGCGAGAAGUAG